GAGGGAGCCUGCACGAAGCUGGACGAGGACAUCCUGGACAUCCCCUUGGACGAUCCCGACGCCAACGCGGCGGCCGCCAAGAUCCAGGCUAGUUUCCGUGGCCAUAUGACCCGCAAGAAGAUCAAAGGGGGUGAGAUCGAUCGGAAAACCAAGGACGCCGAGUGCGCCAACAGCACCCGCGGCGGCGACCUCCGCAACGGCGACUAGGUACCCCCCCGA